CGGGGACGGGAAUUCAUUCCUACAGGCUCUCUUCUCAGACAGAGCUCAAAGACCUAGCUAGCAGACACUUAGUGUGCGCAUCGGGGAGAGAGAGCAGGCUAAAUGGGUGUAAUUAUACCUCUCUAGUUGAUCCGGAAGGUUGUUUUUGCCACCUAGCUCGUCAUGUGAUUGCCCCUGGCUUCAUAUGCUUAGUUUUUUUUUGUAAACUUGAUUUCCAGCCCAACAGUAGCUUACAUACCAUCGCAGAGAAGCCAAGUAGGACUUGUAAUCUAAUACCAGUGGCGCGUUUUUUAGUAGGUUAGGGCUGUUGCGUUCCAAAAAGGUGGUGGACCCGACACAAGCUUCGUGUGGAGACUGUCACUUUAACUCUAGGUCUAACGAAAAAGGCAACAGCCGAACGCAAGUAGACCUGACACCUUUGUUUUUUUAGUCGGAGACGUCCCGAGAAGGAGUGUCUCACUCCCAAACCAGUCUGUUCCCGUAGUGAUCUUUUCAAUCCCGCUACAAAGAAGAGGAUUUCAAGGAAUAUACUAUAUGCGCAGAUUAAAAGGUCUCAAAGGCUGACUUGACAAUGGGAUCUACAAACCACUGAAGUGGCUCUGACAAAAGAACAGGGGAAACAGGAGGAAAGUAGAGGAGAAAAACACUAAACAAAAGGAGAGGGGACUCUCAGAGAGAGAGAGAGAGAGAGAGAGAGAGAGAGAGAGAGAGAGAGAGAGAGAGAGAGAGAGAGAGAGAGAGCCCUUAUUGAACAGAAAAGCGGAGGUUGGCUCGGGGAGGAUCAGCUUUGUCCAUCGGUGUGAGGUUGGGGGUGCAUGCUUGUCCUCUCCAGUGGGCUUCCUCCUUUGUGAGAGAGAGAGAGAGAGAGAGUUAACAAAAGACAAAGAAUGUGCAAUAAACAGAGAGGAGAAUGUCGACCGGCGGAGGAGGCUGGAGCGGGGAUGCCUGGUCUGGGGAGGAGAACCAGUGUGGUACUACUACUGGCUGUCCUGGUAGCCAUGGUCCAGGGACAGGUGGAGGUAAUGGGGGACAUGCUGCAGGAUGGACCCGGGAAGCUGGAGGCCUCCAUGCACUCCUCCAUACUGUCAGACUUCCAGGAGGUGGAGGCCUUGGAGUCGGUGGCGGCUACAGUCUAUCAGGCUGAAGUAGGAGCAGCAGGGGGGGAGUCAGGAAUCCCCGACUCGUCUGCUGUGGUGGGCCGGGUGUUUCAGAUGAAGGUCCCGUUGAAGACGGACCACACCAGCAACACUAAGAUAACUGAGUCAGGCAAGGAGACGCUACCAGCAUGGCUACACUGGGACUGGGAGAGCAACGUCCUACAGGGUCUACCACUGGAGGAGGACAAGGGUGUCCACUACAUCGCCGUCUCGACAUCAAACGGCGGCCAGGACAUCUUCUCCAUCGAGGUGCACCCAGAGGAACAUGUGGACCCGAUCCAGCUAGCCAUUCUGUCAGCAUCCAACAAUGAGGUCAAGCCAUUUGUCUGCGGCACAGAGGAACCGGUGACGGUACUCACGGUGAUUCUGGACGCCGACCUCACCAAGAUGAGCUCCAGACAGAGGGUGGAGCUGCUGGGCAAGAUGAAGAAGUUCUCUGGCGUGGAGCUCCAGCACAUGAAGAUACUUCCCGUGGUCAACAACAGAUUGUUUGACAUGACCGCCUUCAUGGCCGGACCGGGAAAUGCCAAAAAGGUGGUGGAGAACGGAGCUCUGUUAUCCUGGAAGCUGGGCUGUUCCCUGGACCAGAGCAAUGUCCCCAACAUCAGCAGCGUCCAGGCGCCAGCGAAAGAAGGCACUAUGUCUGCUCAGCUGGGAUACCCUGUGGUCGGUUGGCACAUCGCCAACAAGAAGCCUCAUAUCCCCAAACGGGUGAGGCGCCAGCUCAACAAUACCCCUACCCCGGUUCUUGUUGUGCUUCCCCCAACGUCUGUUGUCGAGCCCCCUAUUCGCAUUGUACCCACCCUGUCGUCACCUGCCAUUGCUGCCCCCACAGACAGCUCUGCCCCACCCAUGAGAGGACCUGUGCCCUUGCCCAUGAAGCCCACGAUCCGUGUCAGAGACUCAUAUGCCCACACUCCCACUCAGGGUGCACCCCUGCCAACCAGAGUGAUGGAGUCCACUAGUACCAUCUCCAUUGAACCCACUAUGACCAGGCAUACCGUUGUGGAAGCUACACCGACACUCCCUCCACCCACCACAGUUGCCACCAGAAAGCCAACCAAGAAACCAAAGAGACCGAAGACCACUCCGAUGCCAAGGGAGUCCAAGACCACCACAGCCAAACCAGCCAGGCGCACCACCCCUUCGUCCAUCGUGCCUGACCCAAGAAACGAGAAACCAGAUCUCCGCAACCCCAUCGAUCAGGUCAAUGCCUUCGUGGGCACAUACUUUGAAGUGAAGAUCCCAUCCGAUACGUUCUUUGACAAGGAGGACGGUACAACAGACAAACUAAGGUUGACCUUGAGGAUGAACCACAACGAAGUUGUCGGGGAUGACUCCUGGAUACAGUUUAAUAGCACAAGCCAGCUGCUAUACGGUCUUCCAGACUCAAAUCACGUUGGGAAGCAUGAGUACUUCAUGCAGGCCACCGAUAAGGGUGGUCUGAACGCGAUCGACGCCUUCGAGGUCCGUGUGAACCGCUGGGCAUCCAACGAUAAGUCCCCGGUCCUGUUCCAGGCCCGCUUACACGGAGAACCUCGCCUGGUGACCAAUGACAUCCACAAGAAGAUUCUGCUCAUCAAGAAGCUGGCGUACUCGUUCGGUGACCGCAACAGCAGCACGGUCACCCUGAGGAACAUCACCAAGGGAUCCAUCGUGGUGGAGUGGACCAACAACAGCCUCCAGCAGAACCCUUGUCCCAAGGAGCAGAUUCAGACCAUGUCCAGGAGGAUCUCUGAUGCCCAGGGAAGGCCCUCCCAGACGUUCAUCUCCGCCAUGGAACCGGACUUCAUACCCAUCAGCAUCAAGGUCAAAGGAACGAGUGCCUGCCGGAACUACAUGUUUGUCCCGCCUGGUGAAAUCACUAUCCCUAUCCCCCCAGCUGUCACGCCGGCACUGGGCACCGGACGCCAGAGCACCGACGACGUCUACCUCCACACGGUGAUUCCGGCCGUGGUGGUGGCGGCCAUCUUGCUGAUCGCUGGCAUCAUCGCCAUGAUCUGCUACCGCAAGAAGCGCAAGGGCAAGCUGACCAUCGAGGAUCAGGCUACCUUCAUCAAGAAGGGGGUGCCCAUAAUCUUCGCAGACGAGCUUGACGAUUCCAAGCCGCCCCCGUCCUCCUCCAUGCCGCUCAUCCUGCAGGAGGAGAAACCCCCUCUUCCCCCACCGGAGUACCCUAACAUGGCCAGUCCAGAGACUACCCCCCUGAACCAGGACCUUCUGGGUGAGUACACGGCUCUGAGGGACGAGGACCCCAACGCGCCCCCCUACCAGCCCCCGCCCCCCUUCACCGCACCCAUGGAAGGUAAAGGAUCUCGUCCAAAGAACAUGACCCCUUACAGAUCCCCACCACCUUACGUGCCACCCUAAGGGUUUAGCAGGCUCCUCCAGAGAAGGAGGAGGGAAGCAGGGGGCCUUGUAACGGUCUCAAUCCAGUAUCUGUUUGGAAAUAAGGGGUGGGAGGAGGAGGACAAAGUGGGAACAAACUUUGGAUUUUGGGUUGGGAGGGUUAUGGGGUGAUCUGAUUGAGUCUGAGUUGAAGUUAUUGGAAAGAUGGGAGGGAGGGAGAACUAGAUGUUAGCCGCGGCGACAGUAGCCACAAAAAGGACACUAUUCAGUCUGUCGUCUCAUUAGCUACAGCUGAAUGGCUAGUUUGGGAAGACACGCCCCUCUGGUCCCAGCGCUUUUUUUUUUUCUCUGUUUGAAACCUAAUGGGCUUUUGUUUUAAUUUAGUUAUUUGGUUCUGUUUAGUUUACUUUUAGCGGGGGGGCUGACUUCAAACGACUUGCUUAACAACACUCUUUUUAUGUUAUUUUAUCUUUAAUAAUACAAGAAGAUAAUAAACAAACACACUGCAGGCAUUAAAUGUUUUUAAUAGAGAGAGAGAGAGUUCUAUGAAUAAAAACAGAAACAUCAUAAUCAUGUGGAUCUGCACCAGCCCUGCAGCUAGCCCUGCAGCUAGCCUGCAGCUAUCCCUGCAGCUAACCCUGCAGCUAGCCCUGCAGCUAACCCUGCAGCUAGCCCUGCAGCUAACCCUGCAGCUAGCCCUGCAGCUAACCCUGCAGCUAGCCCUGCAGCUAACUCUGCAGCUAGCCCUGCAGCUAACCCUGCAGCUAGCCCUGCACAUAACCCUGCAGCUAGCCCUGCAGCUAACCAUACAGCUAGCCCUGCAGCUAGCCCUGCAGCUAGCCAGACAGACAACACAGUGGCUUGUCGGGCGGUGGGUCAGUGUUUCGAGUCAAUAAGGUUUGCCUUUUAACACUAAUUGUAUAUUUGUAUCCUUAUUCACACAAUGUCUAGUCAAGAUGAUCAUAACAAAGUUGGCCUAAAAAAAUCAUUAGAAAUGUAAAACGUUCUGUUUGUUUUAUUAGUUUUAUUUUUAAAUCCACUCUAUAUCUGGAUGGUUCUGAUAGAUAGAUAGAUAGAUAGAUAGAUAGAUAGAUAGAUAGAUAGAUAGAUAGAUAGAUAGAUAGAUAGAUAGACAGGAUCUCUCCCUCGAUCAGAAAGAAACGGUAUACCAAGUAGGUAGACCCAGCCCAGUCAGGACUAAACAAGCAAACAUUACCGUUAGCUAAUGUUAGCACGUAGGGCAACCAUGACAACUGUGAUUCUACAACAGCCUGGCCCAGUUAUUAUCAGAUGUGUAGUUUUGACUUGAAGCUCAAGGAUUUUUUUUUUACCUUGCCUGGGUAUCCCGAAGCCACCCAAAAUCAUUCAAGAGGGAAAUACAAUACAAUGUCCCCUUUUUUUAUUGUUAUUAUUAUUUAAAAUGGCUCCCUUAUCCGAAUAUGAUCAUAACAUUGACCAUUUGAAUGCCAUGUUGCCUUUAUGGUGAUGCGAUGUGUCUUCUGUAUAUAGCUAUCGAUCGGCCUGUUGAAAUAAUAUUAAGUGUAUUUAUACUUCAAAAAAUGUUUGUGUAAAUCAGAUGUGAAAAAAAGCCUCCUGCAGUUUAUUUUAGACAAGGAGUAAUUAUUUUUUUAUGUAGUGAUGAUGAUGCUCUUGUUCUCACAGUUUAUGCGGGAAACAGUUAAUUUGCUGUUGAGAGUGAUUUGGAAGGUCCUGAAAGGGAUACAAUCUUUAUUCACAACUCAAAGGUCAUUAAGACGAGGAGAGGAGAUGGAGAGGAGAUGGAGGAGGAGAGGAGAGGAGAGGAGAGGAGAGGAGAGGAGAGGGGAGGAGAGGAGAGGAGAGGAGAGAUCUGAAGAACAAGAUCACCAGAAAACACUGAACAAAAUGGUGGAUAAAAUCUCUAAUUUUUUUACAAAGUUUUUGAUACAGCCUCAAAUUGUAAAAAAAAUAAAAAAAAAUAGAGAAAUAAAUAAAUAGUGUAUUGCAAUUCGUUCAAUCUUAGCGUAGAUAAUUGAUUCUUCAAUAUGUACCUUUUCUCAUGGGUCACCUAUUUCAAGUGAUUUUUUGUUGUUGACAUAUUAUCAAAUGUAUUAUCAUGUUUUUCCCCAUUGAGUUUUGACUUUGAAAGUGACCCUUUGCAAUAAUGUAAGGUAAUGUCCGGUGGAGGUGAGUGGUCAAUGCAGGUUAGAUGAGUGUACUACCAAAAUGAGUGGUGAUGAGAAAACCCACAUAAUGAUGAUGUACACGCAUAAUGAUGAUGAUGAUGAUGUACACACAUAAUGAUGAUGUACAGGCAUAAUGAUGAUGAUGAUGUACACACAUAAUGAUGAUGUACACGCAUAAUGAUGAUGAUGAUGAUGUACACACAUAAUGAUGUACACGCAUAAUGAUGAUGAUGAUGUACACAAAUAAUGAUGAUGUACACGCAUAAUGAUGAUGAUGAUGUACACAUAAUGAUGACGUACACGCAUAAUGAUGAUGAUGUACCCACAUAAUGAUGAUGAUGUACCCGCAUAAUCAUGAUGAUGUACACGCAUAAUGAUGAUGAUGUACACGCAUAAUGAUGAUGUUCCUCCCCCCCAAAAUGAGGAUGAUGAUGUAUCCAUAUGUAGUUUGCUUUUUGCAAGAUACCAAGUGUUGCUUUUUUAGUGUGCAUUUAUCAUGAAACCCAGUCUCCGUCUAUCUACAGUAUGUCCAGACAAUUCAUCCUUCUUCACACGUUUGAAAUUCUAGUCCUCUGUACAAUUAUCGGAGGGGAUCAUGAUGUGUUACACUGGCACACUGCUGCUGCCAUACCUUAUAAUAUAUAGCUUUAUUUUUAGUGAUGAGCUUCGGUUAUAAUCGGUUUUCUAAUGCUUUCACUUACCCCUUGAUGAGUCUACAUGUCAAUGUCAACAGAGGUUUCCGUAAAAAUGUGCAUCCAUCAUAGAGUUAGUUAGAGGACUCAUCUUUGUAUCUGUCCAAUUACGGCAUCUAUGAUAGCACAAUUUUCAUGCAAAAAAAUUGGUUAUAUCCAUGAUGAGUUCUCUAACCAUCUCUAUGGGGUCCAUCUGUCAGGUCUGACUGUCAGCCCUUUGAGACAAUGACUCCUGUCACUACAGCUGGAUGAUAGUCGACUAAACUGGUUUUAUUAAUCUGACCUGAUAAACAUUUCAUCUGGAACCAUGUUGUAAAUCUCCUUUCCAUCAGCACCAUGAAAAUACAGAUACAGUAUCUUAUUGGGUUAAUAUGUAAAUAACUUGCUGACACCUCCUCUGCGUCUCCACACAUCAUCUAGUCACUUCUGCUGUUUGAUUUUAGAAGGAAAACUGGUAGGUUUAUAUUGGUAGGUCCCAAUUGGAGUUGGUAGUUACUAAAAGACAGAAAGGCGUAGUUUCUGAUGACAGUUACAGACACUGAUGCAGAUUUUGGAUUGAGAUUCAUAGAUAUGUAGACACCACAAGGACAUUUUCUUUCGGGCCUUUGUUUGUUUGUUUGUUUGUUUAUAUAUAUAUAUAUAUAUAUAUAUAUAUAUAUAUAUAUAUAAACAUAUAUUAUAUAUAUAUAUAUAUAUAAUGUAUAUCUGUGUGUGUGUGGCGUAGUCCUUCAGCAUUAAAGUCACUAGACUAGCAAAGAAUCAGGUUUUAGUUAUACUGAGUGAAAUCUUAAAUGACAUAUCCGUAACACAAUUAAGCGUACAUCGCCAUUUGAUUCCACAAUUAAGAGGAUAUGAUGGCCUGAUUUAUGUGAAAGCUUAACGGAGAAAACAACCAAAGAUGUAAAAAGGGGAAAUUUAGCAGUCAUUCACUACAACUUGUUCAAAUGCCUUGUUGACAGAAUAUCUUUAAGCUGUCGGUUACAUUUCAGUAUUUCAGUUACAUUUCAGAUGUUAGCAACAGUAUUGCAAAGGAUAUGGAUUCAACAAAAACACGUUGUUCUUCUAAAUUAGAACACGAUAGCUGUCCCGAGGGACACGUUUUGUUUAAGCCGAGGGAGGAGUACACUCCAACCAAUUAGGUUCGAUAACGAUUACAGAUUAGCUGCCUUUUGGUUUAGGUACGGUUCUUGGACCAUAGAAAGGAAUGAUGUCAUCUGUAUUAUACCAUUGUUUUGUUCAUCGGCUUCCAUUUUGGAUUCUACUUUCAUCGGCUUCCAUUUUGGAUUCUACUUUCAUCGGCUUCCAUUUUGGAUUCUACUUUCAUCGGCUUCCAUUUUGGAUUCUACAUUCAUCGGCUUCCAUUUUGGAUUCUACUUUCAUCGGCUUCCAUUUUGGAUUCUACUUUCAUCGGCUUCCAUUUUGGAUUCUACAUUCAUCGGCUUCCAUUUUGGAUUCUACUUUCAUCGGCUUCCAUUUUGGAUUCUACUUUCAUCGGCUUCCAUUUUGGAUUCUACUUUCAUCGGCUUCCAUUUUGGAUUCUACUUUCAUCGGCUUCCAUUUUGGAUUCUACUUUCAUCGGCUUCCAUUUUGGAUUCUACUUUCAUCGGCUUCCAUUUUGUAUUCUACUUUUGUCAGCUUCCAUUUCUGCCAAUUGGAAAUUGAGGGAUUGGCGUGUCAAAUCAAAUCAGCCUUAAAUGCAUUUCUUCUUCAUACACAGCACUGACUGAAAGCUUCCUAUGCUCCGAGGGGCCGAUUGUACUAUAUUUUCUUGUUCGCUAAAGAGAAUAUGUAGUCUUGAUUUCGUUUUUACAUUCAUGAGUAAAUGAGUCCUUACAACUGGAAUGAUAAUGGUAAUAAUAAUUAGUAAUAGUAUUGAUGAUGAUUAUAAUAAUGACAAUAAUAAUAUGUUUAUCAUAAUGGUUUCAGGGGGAACUUCUCUACUGUGUUUUGUCCUUCAUUUUUAUGUAAUUUUGUUAAUGAAAUACUUGUUUUCCCACCACCUUCCUAAUACCAGUAAGGGAUGUCUCUGGUUCGCUAAACAACAUGGUUGCCAAACUACAGCGCAGUGAAAAGCAAUGGGUUUGACUUAAAAACAAGUUGGCAUAUAAUCAGACACACAUUCAAUUAACAUGCUUAAAAACAAGAGGGAAGGAGAGAAAAUGGAGAGAUAAGUAAUAAAUAAAUACACAGAGAUGAAAUGCAAAGAGAGUCAGAAAACCUGACCAUUGUCCUUGACCGCAGGGAACUUACAACCUAGAAAAGAGGGUCGUUCAUACGUAUGAAUACUUGAGUAAAGAAUGCAUGGUUAAAAAAAAUAAUUUUUGUAUUAUUCUGUGUUUUAAUAGCAUUGUAUUGUUUAUGACACUAGACACUGUAUGUUGAAAUGUUGUAUUAAAAAAUGUACAAAAAAAUAA